UGGGCAUGAACUGGAAAGGCAAAGAUGAGAGGUUUUCUGAACUGGAAGCCUGCGUCGCUUUGACAUCUAAGAGCUCCAGAUGGAUCGAUGAAACAGAGAUUUCCAAGAUGUCCCAAAAACACCCAGGCCAAGCCACCCUUGGAGCCGGAAACGAUUCCAACUCUCCCAGGGCCUGCUUGGAGUACCCCAACCCCAGAGAUUUGCCUCUGGUGUCUUCAUUUCAAGAUGUUGGCUAUGAAGAGCUGUUACAAACUUGCAGCUUCCACUUCCGUCACACAAACAAAGAAUCCAGGGAGAAGGAAGAGAAAGACCCAGUGUUACCCCAUGAGCACUCUGCCACUUCGAGCCUCGGCUUAGCCCAUCCUUUGGAGUCUCCUCCUCAAAGGAAGACAUGUGUGUCCCCGGGGAGGGAAAGGGUUACAUCCCCAGAGAUUUGCGAAACUCCCAAAGUCCGUGGGAAAAAGCACUUGCUGCGGAGACGGUUGAAUGUGGCCUUCUCUCUCCUCCAGGGAGACUUGGAGUCCCAGAAUCAUUCUCUAGAAAGCAGCAUGAGCCAGGCGCCCACCUUGGAGAAGCCUAGCGCAAGCAAUGCCCCCAGCUCCCCCAGGCAAGCUAAGUGUAGCCCUCCGGCUGUCCUGAGUGCUAACAAGGGGGAGCGAGUGGUCUCCAGCAAUCAGAACCUGAGGCAAACUUUCUCUCAGCAAAAAACUUCCACCAUCGAUGAUGAAGACACCAAAGAUGGCGAUUUGGGCCUCUUUGAGGUGGGAUGCAUAUCUCCAAUUCAGGGCAGUCACUUCAAGGACUCUAUCACCCACGACUUCAGUGACAGCAGUUUAAGCGUGGAUGAAAAUACAUAUCCCGGGUUUCUGGGCUCCUCCGGGAGUGGACUCACUUGUGACACAGAGGAGGACGUAUUUGUCACGCCCAUCAGCAAUCUGGUCGCAAGUAUUCAAUUCCACGGGAGCCACACGCUUUCUCCCUCGCCCAAGGUGAGAGUCAGCAUUUCCACGCCCGAAGACAGCGGUUUUAACUCCCUCAGCUUGGACAGGUCCGAAGAUUCCCUGUCUGACCCAGAAGGUUCCUUCCAAGAGCUGCUACAGAAGCACAAGGGAGCUCUUAAAGCCGGGGAUGCCAUCAGGAAGUCGAGGCGUCUCGGCAGGUCGAGAAGGCUGUCCACCCUCCGUGAGCAAAGUUCACAGUCGGAGACCGAAGAGGAAAAAGAGGUGGUCCACUCCAGCUCCGCUGCAAGGCCGGUGGCCACUCCCGACACCUCGGAGACCGAGAGCCAGCAGGGCAGCGUCGGGAAGGGUGGGGAGUGGAGUUUAAGCCUUGGGGAUCUGUCAAAGACCCCAGCCCUGCAGUUGAUCCAUGAGCUCUUCUCGAAAAGCAAAAGGAAAAGAUUCCAACCAAAUGGUGCCCAGGAAUUCCUGGAAGAAAGGGAUGGGGAUAAACUAGCUGUGCUGAAGUGUGUUCUUGCGGGGUUAAUUGGCAAGAAAAUGGGGCUAGAAAAGCUGGACAUCUUGACGGAGUUAAACUAUAGAAACUUAAAGCAUAUUCUUGCUAUGGUUUUAGAUUCCUUGACUGCAGAGAGCCUAUGCAGUGUUUGGAAAGUCAGCAGAAAUUGGCGUGAAAUUGUCAUUCAAGAUAAGAAAGCAUACCGGAGGAGAAAAUUUUAUAUCACACAACUGAAAAGAAAUUCUGAGGAGGCCGUGCUAAAUGUGGAGGAUGCUGCCACGCGGGUCCAUCUUCUCAGUCGCUCUGCUUUAAGAUCUGUGCAAGCACAGGCCAGGACGCCCAGCACUCAGAAGGAGCAAGUUCCCAGCUCAUCCCCGUGGGGAGAAGCCUUGACACCCCUAGUAAGCUCUUCUGUCACUUACCCAAGCAGCAAGCAGGAGGAAUAUGUGAAGGUUGCCAAGACACUUUUCACUGAUGAAGCGUUGAAACCCUGCCCACGGUGCCAGUCCCCCGCCAAGUACCAGCCGUAUAAGAGGAGGGGACUGUGUAGCCGCCUGGCCUGUGGCUUUGACUUUUGUGUGCUGUGUCUGUGUGCUUACCAUGGGUCUGAAGAAUGCAGCAGGAGCACAACGAAGGGAAGACACAGAAAAGAUGCUCUCCCAGGGAGCGCCCAGAGUAAGAGGAACCUCAAACGCCUCUAAGGAGACUGCACGGAGAAGCAGCACAACGGUGUAUCUUUCUGACUGAAAAAAUUAUGACUAUUUUAAACACAUACAAAUGUUCCCAUUAAUGACAGAUGCUGAUCGAUUUUCCUGUUUUGUAUAUAUUUAAUCUAUUGUAGGCUUAAAUUAUUAAUUUUUUGAAAUUUUCCAUUUUAUUAGUUGUUUUGUUAACUUAUUUUAAUAUCUUGGUAUUUUAAAUAAAGGAUUUUC